AUGGAUGAUGAUGAUGAUGAUGAUGAUGAUGAUGAUGAUGAUGAUGAUGAUGAUGAUGAUGAUGAUGAUGAUGAUGAUGAUGAUGAUGAUGAUGAUGAUGAUGAUGAUGAUGAUGAUGAUGAUGAUGAUGAUGAUGAUGAUGAUGAUGAUGAUGAUGAUGAUGAUGAUGAUGAUGAUGAUGAUGAUGAUGAUGAUGAUGAUGAUGAUGAUGAUGAUGAUGAAUGA